AUGUGCCAAAGUCAGAAAUUUAAUAAGGAUAAAGUACAAUCUCAUCCAAAAGUAGAGCCUCCUCAUUUUGAGACUCCCCUAAUUGGACAAGGCAAUUCAGCUAUGUCUUCAAAAAGAUAUUAUGAGGCAAUUGAUCUGUAUACAUUGGCCAUAUCAUUGUCUAGAGAUAAUGCUGUAUAUUAUUGUAACAGGGCAGCCGCUCAUACUCAAGUUGGCAAAUAUAUUGAAGCUAUAGAAGACUGUAACAAAUCUAUUCAGCUAGACCCAUGCUACAGUAAAGCUUAUAGCCGUUUAGGCUUGGUCUAUUAUGCACAGGGAAAAUAUCAUGAUGCUAUACAGAAAGGUUUUGAGAAAGCUUUGGAAUUGGAUCCACACAACACUUCUGUCGAAGAGAAUAUUCGAACAGCAAAUGACUAUAAUACGAGGGACUUCAAGACGGCUAAAGAUACACAUACUUUCCUUUUAAAGUGCUUACAUCCGGCUAAAUAA